AGAAACCUGGCAUUUUGUGAUGACUUCUCACUUUGAAGAGGUGCAGUGUUAGUGUUUUUAGCUUUUUUUUUUAAUGCAGAGAAAUGAUAGUAAAAGAUAGUUUGUAAACUAGUGUCUUUGACUGUUAUGGUACUGUGCAGACUGUUACUGUGUCUUUUAGGCUAGUACUGCUGGAAGAGGAGAGUUGCAUUAGUGGUCUUUGAAAAGCCAAAUAUAGUUAGUUGGCUGUUACAGUCUAUGAUAACAAAUACAGAAAUGAAAGGAACCUGUAGUGUUUAAUAAAGCUCCACUGUGUGUAUCUUUAUGGAAAUGUUACCUGAACAAGCAACAAAUGCAGGAACGGCUUGAUGGAUAAAAUACCUGAGCAAGAAUUGAAUGGCCAUCUUAGAACUGAAUUUGAGAUAUCAGCUGCUAAAACGAUUCUUUGGUUUUGCUCAAAACUUCCCUUGGUUCUGUUUAUGAAGUUGCACUGAGUCUGAAAACUCAGCGCAACUUAUCAGGUUUUUUGAAAACACCAAUUAAAAGAAGUGAAGAUAAAUUUUUGUCUUCUGUAUAGGCAGCAUGAUAAAACAAUUGGUAACCCCAAUUUGGUUUUACUGUAGUCCUUUCACGCUGAAUUUGCUGGUUAAGAAUGGAAUGUGAACCAACAAAUGUGUGCAACCAAAAUGCAAACUAAAGCUUGAAGAAUGUCCAAAAUAUAAGAAAAAUAAAUUAUUAGUGUGAAAAUGUGGAUAAUAAACUGCAUAAUAAUCAAGAAAUUAAACUGAAAGCUUGAGGAAAUAAGCUUGGAAGUUUGAUCUUCUGUGACCUUUAUGGUGAGGCAGUUCUGGUUUAAUGGAUGGAGAGACUCCAAGAGGGUAGAUUUAGAUUAGAUAGUAAGCAGAAAUUCUUAACUGUGAGGGUGGUGAGGCACGGGUCUAGGUUUUCCAGAGAAGCUGUGUAUGCUCCAUCCCUGAAAGUGUUCAAGGCUGGGUUGGGUGGGGCUUUGAGCAACCUGGUCUAGUGGGAGGUGUCUCUGCCUGUGGGAGGUGGUCUGGAGUGACCUAACCUAACCUAAACCAUUCGGUCAUUCUGUGAUUCUGGUGUGAGAUCCUUUAAAAUCCUUACUCCCAGGAAGGUUGUUUAAAUAUCUGCUGAAUAACACUCCACAUGAUUGCACAUGGUGGCCUUUGGAUUGACGACCAACUGCUUGUAAACUGGAAAAUAAUUGAUAUUCAAAUUUUUUCUGUUGCGGUGGGGGUUUUGGUGUGUUCUUCCUUCUCCUGGAUUAAUAAUUUCAGGUUGAUUAAUAAUUUUAUUUCAUUCUUUCUCUUGCAUUAAUAAUUUCAGAAUGAUUACUGGUUAUGAAAACUGUUGAGGUACAUGGAUAUUGCAUACUGCAGUUUUUAGACUGUUUCUUAUUUGUGAGCUAGACAUGCCUCAACAAAUGCAUGCUUCACCUUUUUCAGUAGCAUCAGUGUAUGAGUUGAAAGACUGAGAUGGGGGAACUUUUUCCAGUGGAGCCUAAUGUAUUGAACCAUAUCUUCUUCUGGCUAAUCUGGCCGUGGUGGUGUCCAGGCAGCUCUGUUGUUACCUGCACUGGACCGUGGGGUUGAUGUGCAUAACUUGUCACGGGGUACUCAAAGCUUUAACUAGAGACUCUGCAAAUUCCUAGUGGACUUUGCUUUGAAAAGCGUAUUUUAUGUCAAAAUUUUAGUCAUUGCAUUUUUAGAGAAUGCCAGACCAGUUACUCUGAUUUAUUCCAUUCUGUAUAGGUUCCUGUUCUACACCCACCCCAAUGGUAUCAGAAUGUGUUCUGGACUUUUGGUGAUAAAAAACAUUAGAAAACAAGACUAGCGUCUGUCAAAUGGGGUUCUCUCUCCAUUUCUCUCUACACACCUUUCCUUUUGGGGGAGAAGAAGCGAAGAAUAGUAUGAGAAGUGCAAAAUGUUUCAAAUUCCUGUUCAAAAUCUUGAUAAUAUAAGGAAGGCUCGAAAAAAGGUGAAGGACAUUCUUGUGGAUCUUGGGCUUGACAACUGCAGGGAAUUGUUGAAGAAUCUUAAAAGUUUUGAUGCAGGUGAAAACUACUUUUAUAACACUUCCUGGAGUGAUGUCUCUCCUUGGGAGCCUGUGGGCAAAAGGAAGAGAUACAGAGCAAAGCCAUACUGCUGUAGCUUAUGCAAGUUCUCAUCCAAAUUGCUUACCUCUUUCAAGAAUCACUUGCAUCGUUACCAUGAGGAUGAAAUCGACCAAGAGAUGGUGGUUUCUUGCCCAAAAUGUGCAUUUUCUUCUCAUCCCAAAGUAAUGGGAGAACACAUCUGGAUGUUUCAUUCAUCUAAUAAACGAAUACAGAACUAUACAGUCAGCAUUUUGGAUGGCAUGAAACAAUUUAGGAGUGACAUCAUAAACUUCACAUGUCUAAAAUGUCAGUUCACGGACACCUUGUAUUACAAUAUGAAGAAACAUGUACUGAUGAACCAUUUUAAAAACUUGUUAAGUGUAUAUUUUGGCGAGAAAUGUGAUGAAAGUACACCAAAUUCAGUUGAGUUCUACUGUAAAAAAUGUAAUGCUCCUGCAAACAGCCCAGAUUCUUUAAUGUACCAUAUCUUGACAGCUGAAACACACAGAGACCUGGAGAACAAACUUCGAUCUCUGAUUUCAGAACAUAUUAAGAAACCUGGUUUUGUGAAACAAAUGUAUAUUGCUCCAAAGCCUGUCCCAGGUCUAGCAACAGCUGCUCCAUCUGCAGGACCUGCUGCUGCCCCAACAGGUUCUGUGACAGCUCCAGCUUGCAUCCAGGUUGCAUUUCCACAGAAUAGUCGAAACCAGAGCAUGGUGCAGACACAAACAGUUCAGAACACAGUUGGACCAGUGACUGUCCUAAGUGCCUCUGGCAGCCUCUCACAAACCACCUGUGCUCCUGCUGCUAUGUCCUCACAUGUCGCUCUUGUGCCCAGCAGUCCUCCCGUGGCUCAGAACAACCUUGGUAUUCAGCUGUCACCUUCGCAGCCCGUCAUUGUUUCUCAUGGACUCCCUCUUCAUCAUUCUGUUGGGACUGUAAGUAGAACUGUGGCCUCUGCAGUUCUUCCUCUUAAUCAGCCCAUCAAGCCUGCGCUCUUUCCCGUUAAUCAACCCAUUGGUACUAUAAACAGUCCAGUUCCAGCUGGAACGCUCCCUGCUACUCAGCCUGUCGGCUCUGUAAAUCAGUCAGUUGCACCAGGAGUCCUCCCUGUGAAUCAGCCAGUUGCUCCAGGAGUUCUGUCUGUCAGCCAGUCACUUGCGAACGCGAACAGACCCAUCGAUCCCAGGGUCCUUCCUGUGACGCAGACAGUUGGGUCGGGUCUUCUCCAGCUUAACCAGCCUGUUGCUCCUGGGGUGGUUCCUGUCACGCAGCCUGUUGGGCCUGGGUUCCUUCAGCUUAAUCAACCUGUUGCCCCAGCAGUUAUCCCAGUAAAUCAGCCAGUUCAACCUCCGGUUUCUCAAAGCACAGCUUUUUUGACUGCGGGCUCUAUACUGAAGCAGUGGAUUCCCACUGGCGAGCAGGUUAAUGGGACACCUACUUUCACACUGGCCCCCAUCUCAGUUACUUUGCCUGUACCUCCUGGUGGUGGAGUAGCGACUGUGACACCUCCGCAGGUGCCUAUCCAGCUCAUGCAGUCCGGGACAGUGCCUCAGCUGUCCCAGUUGCCAGCUAAUGCUCCCUCUCCUGCCGUUGUUCUGACCUCUGAUAAUGUAUCCUUACAGGCCUCACCGCCUGCUCCUGAAACAAGCCAGGCUGUCAGACAGGCCAAGCAGUGGAAGACCUGCCCUGUUUGUAAUGAGCUUUUCCCAUCAAAUGUCUAUGAGGUGCACAUGGAGGUGGCCCACAAACCACGUGAAGUAAAAGUAGAAACCUCAGAACCUCACAAACUUGCAGCUUGCGCACCCUUUCUGAGGAUGACAGAAAAGGCAAUCUGGUGUUACGAUUGUAAAUGUUUUCUCUGUGAGGAAGAGCUUAUGAAGCACAUCUUCAUGCAUGGCUUAUCUUGCUUGUAUUGCACAGGUACUUUGUUUGACUUAAAAAGCGUCGUGGAGCAUGAUAGAACUGCACACAAUGGGACAAAGCGAUUGCAUACAAGUUACAGCAACAGAGGAAUUCAGCUAGUUACUGAUGCUCAGGGUGGCCUUUUGUUUCCACACUUUGAUUUCAACACAGUGCUACCAGAUGAAGACAUGGGUGAAAGAGAAGUACAUUUGGCAGUGUAUGUUGGAAUAUGUCUAAAAUCUCUUGUCCCUGUUUACAUCAAAGUGAAACCCCAGACCGCACAAGUGAGCAGGAGAUGCACCAGAAAAAUGUUUACCUGUCCCUUUUGCUUAGGUACGUUUGCUGGUAGAGAAACCUAUGAAAAGCAUUUGAAAGAGAGGCAUCAUAUAAUGCCAACUGUGCAUACACUUUUAAAGUCUCCUGCUUUCAAGUGCAUCCACUGUUGUGGUGUGUACCCUGGAAAUAUGACUCUGACAGCUAUUGCUGUGCAUUUGCUCCGUUGUAGAAGUGCUCCCAAAGACACCAACUCAAGCCUGAAGAUGCAUCUUGAGCGCACUGAGAGGAAAGAGCUGCUGUUCGUGAAUGGUGAGAAACAUCUUUCUGUGGUACUGAAAAGAAAGCAAUCAGAUUCCUGCUUUGUUCCAGAAGACCAAAGGAAUAAGGAACAGCAGCCUCUGAGCUUAAAUACUGGCAUAGCUCUGUCUCAAGAGAGCAAAGUGAAUUCAGGGGUAGUGCCUUUCAAACGACAAAAAAUUAGGACUGAGAUGAGGAAGCUUCCUUCUAGUGAUGAUCUUCGCUUUCUAGUGGUAGAUCCUAAUCGGUAUGAUCAGAAUUCAUAUGAGGCACAGAAACAGUUUUUGGCAGACUACUUUCACAAGAGGCCAUAUCCUUCUAAAAAAGAAGUGGAAUUACUUUCCUUGCUGCUAUAUGUGUGGAAAAUAGAUGUUGUAUCAUUCUUUGGAAAAAUGAGGAAUAGAUGCUUAAAGGCGAUAAAACAUCACAAACCAUCUGUGCUGAUGGGUUUCAGUAUGUCUGAACUAAAAAACAUUAAGCACAGUUUGAAUUUAAAAGAUGGACCAUUGGAUAUGUAACCCAGCUUUUUAUAACAGCUAAAAGCAAUCCAUAAUUGCAUACUUAAUAUUAAGCAGUUCAUUAUAUUGUUUGUUUUAACUUGCAGACUGGCCUGUUGAGGGGUGCAGUAAUACAAAAAGUAUCAUUUACUUGUGACUCUUAUUGUGAAAAGCACACAUAGUUGUGUAUUUUAAAAGUAAAACCUUCAGAUUUAAACAUCUGGAAUUUGUUAUAGCUUUUUACCUUCCCUGGUGGUAGUGGUUUGUUUUGUUUUGUUCCACUUCCAUUUCUUUUUCUUCCCCUCCAGCUCCCAUUACAUUUUUUAUAUCACCAUGUAAAACCCUUGUCCUUGUUAAAACCAAAUUUUAUUUUAUUUUAUUUUCUGCAGUGUCAUCUUUUCUAAGUAAUAAAAUGUGUAAUGUUGGUUAAAAUAACAAGGUAGACUAUGUGAAAAAGAUGUAUUUGAUUAUUUGUAUUUUUAAGUCCUGAUAUUUUUGACCUCUUUCUGGUUUAUCUACUGAAGAAGUGAUUGUGACCAUUACAUCCAUUGCCCUUUCAAACUCCCAGUGCACUGGUAGCAGUGAAAUACAUGGCCUUGUGGUCUUUUUUGCAGUCAGGGUACCUGUGCCAGUUAAGUCUGGUGGUCUGUAGUUCUGCUGAGUAUUAAUGUGGUGAGGACUGAGGGGCUUUUGGGUGCGCAUUAAAGUGUUAACAGUGAACUGACUUAAAAUGGUUAUCUGUUAAAUAGAUCUUGCUAACCGGAAGUGUUUAUCCUUUUCAUUUGGUGUUGAAGCCUAGUUGUUUACCUAUUGUUCAAAGCUUGGCAGCAGCAUUUUUUUUUUUUUUCGAAAAACCAAGCUGCUUUGGAGAAUGUCAGAUUGCUUUGAUACAUGGAGUGUAUGACCUCUGUGCACAUGACUUAUGUGUAGAAGCCCUUUCCAAAUAUCACCCAAAUUUGGUGGAAAAUCUGACAUUUUAAAUUGCUGUUUUAUGAGGUAGUAACUGAGCAGAGCCUACUCCCCAGCAAAUUAGGUCUCUGGCUUGAAGUCCCUUGGGUCAGAAAUGGUUCUGAAAUGAACCUGGAUGGAUUGGUAGAAUCAAAACUGUAAACUGUUGAGUACCUGAGCCAAUGAUGCUCAUGUGGUCAUGGGUUCUUGUUGGAGCAUCGCAAUAGUAUAAAACCCAAACAGACUUACCUUGAGUAUGGACUAACAUCUCUGUUGCAGAUUGCAGAAAAGCUGUUGGGAAAGUAUACUUGAAUUGAAGCACAAACUGGUGGCCACAUCGAGGCCUUAUUGAGGACUGUUGUUUCUGGAUAUGCUUGUUUUUGUUUGGCUUAUCAAAGAGUGCCUCCAGUAUCAACAGCCAGUUACAGAAUAAAUAACUUGUAAGAUGCA